AUGGAUUCGAUCGGGCAGUCUACGAAAGAAUUUCUAAAUAGGGUACGCCGUCGUGUGCUUGGCGCAAAUUCGGCUACCGAGUAUCCGAGCUCGUCAUUUGGCUCCACUGUAAAUCUCACGAAUGACUGUGCCGCCGCUCCAGCCAACAGAAGCAGUUCAGUGGGCUACACUGAACUUAUGGGUGGCUCGGUACCAUGCCCGAGCUGCAAAGGCUCCGGACGGAUCCCAAAAGAAUUGGAGGAAACAUUGGUGGCUCUAAUUCCUGUUAAUGACGAUCGCCUAAAACCGAAAAAAACAUGGCUGUAUGUUCUUUCCGUUAUUCUUGGCUGCUUAUCACUUGCGGGUGUUGUGAUCUUCUUGCUGGUACCGCGCGCAAUCUAUCUGAGCAGUGUUAGGCCGCCAGUAGAAAUUAUAACGGUUUACGAUCACGACGAAAAGCAUAUCAGUUUUUACUUUAUGGCAAUAGUAAAUUCAUCGGCCACUGUUUUGUCGAAAUUUCAACCCUGGUCAACGGAUGUGAUUGGCUCCGGUGGUAACACAACGUCCAUAGUAAUUGGGCCACGAACAAGCCGGGAACGAACGCUACAUUUCAACAAUACUGUGACAUUACAAGGCGGUGUUGCGGGUUUUCUUUGCAGUGAGUACUGUCAGGCGCCGUUUUCACGGCUUACUUCGCUCUAUGUGAACAUGCAGUUCGAUAUAUCGGUGACAUUGGAAUAUUUGAAUCAUCACGAGCAAGCAACUCUUUCCGUUGUCCAGCAGGUGUGCUGUGUCCCGUCGGGUAAUUGUACUGCCACUGAAUGGCCGUGA